AUGGAGGACUUCGCGCGCGCGGUGGAGGACGGGCUGAAGCUGUCGAAGCGGCUGGUGCUGCCGGGCGGGCUGCCCCCGCCGCGCCCGCCCGCGGGGAUGGAGCGGGGCCCCGACGCGCUGCUGCUGCCCGCGGCGCCCAUGGCCUACGCGGUGGUCGCCGACCCCGGCGCCGUCGACACGCCCGACGUGCCCAGCUACCAGCCCUACGUCUACGGCCGCCUCGACCCGCCCGCGCUCAUCCCGCUGCAGAUGAAGGAGGUCGACCUGGCCGCCGACUGCGCGCUGGGCGUCGCCGCCGUCACCCUGCGCGCGCGAUGGUGGCUGCACUGCAUCACGCGCAGCCGCGACUGCGACGUCAGGAUCAUCGUGCCCAUGGGAGAACAGGGUUCAAUUCUAGGCGCUGAGGUUACAGUUGGAAAAAGAUCUUACAAUACUCAAGUAAUCGAAGUAGAAGACCAGUCCAUGGAGAAUAUUGGUAAAGCUGAUAGUGUGGGCCUUUUGAAGCCCCACAUGUUUUGCUUGACAAUACCACAGGUGGAGGGUGGAUCGGAUAUUUUAGCCACAGUUAAAUGGUCUCAGAAGUUACACUAUGACAAUGGACGUUUUUCGGUCGACAUACCUUUCCGUUUCCCAUACUAUGUCAACCCAUUACCAAAAGUAUUCAUGAAGAGGGAGAAAAUUCAGUUGACCGUGAAUAGUGGAUUCAGUAAAGAGGUUUUGUUGCAGGGCACAAGCCAUCCUUUGAAGGAAAAGGCAAGGCAGGGAGAUAAAUUGUCUUUCCUGCAUGAAGCAAUUGUUGAGAGUUGGUCGAGCAAAGAUUUCACAUUUUCCUACAGUGUUUACUCUGGCAACUUGUCUGGUGGUAUCCUCGUGCAGCCCUCAACAUCACAAGAUUCUGAUGAUAGAGAUAGGUUCAGCAUUUUCCUUUUACCUGGAAAUGGAAAUAAAAAGGUCUUCAAAAAGGCAGUUGUGUUUGUUGUUGAUACAAGUGGAAGCAUGCAAGGGAAACCUCUUGAGAAUGUGAAGAAUGCAGUGUCUACAGCUCUUUCAGAACUUGCGCAAGGAGAUUACUUCAACAUUGUAACAUUUAAUGAUGAGCUCCAUUCAUUCUCAUCCUGUUUAGAGACAGUAAACGAGAAAACAAUAGCAGGUGCGAUUGAUUGGAUGAACCAAAGCUUUGUUGCUGAGGGUGGCACCGAUAUUAUGCAUCCUUUAAGUGAGGCAAUGGCUUUAUUGUCAAGUGCUCAUGAUGUGCUUCCACAAAUCUUUCUUAUGACUGAUGGAUCGGUUGAUGAUGAACAUGAAAUCUGCAAAACUGUGCAAACUGAGCUCAUCAGCAGAGGAUCUAAAUCUCCCCGGAUUUCUACUUUUGGACUAGGUGUAUAUUGCAACCACUAUUUCUUGCGCAUGCUGGCAUCAAUUGGCAAGGGGCAUUAUGAUGCUGCACUCGAAACAGGAUCAGUUGAGAGUCGAAUACUUAAGUGGUUCAAGAAAGCAUCAAAUACAGCAGUGGCAAAUAUCUCCAUUGACGCUACAAAAUAUCUUGAUGAUUUUGAAGUGGAUUCUGAGUACAUCCCAGACAUUUCGGCAGAGUCUCCUUUGUGCGUAUCUGGAAAAUACCGAGGCAAGUUCCCUGAUACGGUUAUAGCAAAGGGUAACUUGGCUGACAUGACAGAAAUCUCAAUUGAAUUGAAGGUCCAGCAUGUAACAGACAUGCCUCUUGAUAAUUUUUUGGCGGCACAGCAGAUUGCUCUUCUCACAGCGAAGGCAUGGCUUUCUGCAGACAAACAGUUGGAGAGAAAGGUGAUGAGAUUAAGCAUACAACAUAGCGUUAUUUCAGAGUACACAAGCAUGGUUGCACUUCAAACCAAUUUGGACGCACCACAAAAAGUUAAGCAGAAACAAAAAGGAGCUAACGAGCCACUACGAAUCCCGCUUCAUGGCCUGAAACUAGGAUUUGGUGACAAAGCAGCAACCAGGGAAAAUCUGCUCGCAGGCUUCGGCAACGAAAAACCACCGGAGACGCUGAAGAUAUUCAAGAAGGCGGGCGGGUGCUGCAGUCGUGUCGCCGACUGCCUCUGCUGCAUGUGCUGCAUCAAGGCGUGUAACAGGAUGAACGACCAGUGCGCCAUCGUGAUGACGCAGAUCUGCACGGCACUCUCGUGCCUGGGCUGCUACGAGUGCUGCUCGGAGGUGUGCUGUGGAGGGUCCGAAUCGUAGUGGCAGGCCCGUCUUGUACUGUGUGGUGGAGUACCGGAGAUCUGGUUUCUUGGGUGUACAUAGUGGAGUUGGCCGAGGUCUGUGCGUGACAUACUGUAUAGCUUGAAUGAUUUGAUCAAGAAUGAUCAGGUCUUCUUCGGUUGUACUCCAUGCCCGUGGUGGAUUUUCAACUUUGGAUAGUUCGUGAUAGUUUGAGCUGACACAGAUGUUCCAAUACUGUGCAAAGGAGAAUUUCCGGAAGCAGAUGGUAGAAAUUGUUUACAGGCUAUGAUC